AUGGAGGUUCUUGAACCUCGUGGUGGGGGAACGCCGAACACCCCAACACCGCACCACUGGCUCUCUGAGGCACUCGCGGACCCAUCGAUCGACCUUGAAACACCCCAGGCAGAGCCAGAACACAAUCGAACCACUGAUCGGGUCACCGAGACCCAUAACGGAAUCAGACGGAAGGCCUCCCAGGUCCUAGGCCGACCGAUCCUAGACGCGGGCAUUCUUGAUACCGGCAAAGCACUCGCAGGUCUCCUGAUCCAAGUGCAAGACGCUUAUCAGAGCCGUCUGCAACAGAUACAGGCGCAGCUAACAGAAGUGCUACAAAGCUGGAGAGCUGAGCAGCAAGUCCGUGAAGACCUGCAUGCUGGACGGAUCGAGACACUUAAACACGAAGUCAAUAAGCUUCACAAAGAACUCAAGGAGGCUCAGCAAGCCACCUCGUAUAGGAUUCCAAAAGUAUCUUACCGCAGCAAUCUAAAUAGUUCUAAAUAG